UUCGUCCUAGGGUGAACAUCCUAUCCUAAUCGGUUCAGUGCCAGUGACAUUGAGGUGAAAGUUGACAUUUCCUCAACUGUGUCUUAAAUUGUAUGCAAAAAUAUCAACAUUUACAUAUUUCUUACAAUAAAAAAAUCUAAAAAAAAAAAAACGGAAAACUAUCUCGUGAAAGCUAAUAUCGAAACGAAGAGUUUUAUUAAUAUCGACCGGCGAAUUAUUUUCCGAGAACGGAGCCACCGUCUUCACCUCGGCGCAGCCGGUACUUCAUCAAACACGUUAAAGCUCAAGAGUCACGGUCGCCGCCAUCGAGAUGGCGUUCAUGAUGCCCGUAGUGAAGAACGACUGGGACAUAUACAACUCGCGGCGGAGCACCGAGGCGGGGGACAAGGCGGGCCCCGGCGGCCGCGUGCGCAAGGUGUCCGAGUCGCGGUCCGAGGGCCCCGGGGGUACCGGGGGCCCCGGGGGCCCGCGCGCCGCCCUCAGUCCGCACCGCAGCGCGCCCGCCAUGCGCUCGCUGUCGUACUGCCGCGCGCCGCCGUCGCGCGCCUCGCUGCGGGCGGCCGAGGGCCCCCACAGCCCCCGGGGCCCCCGGGGCCCGGCUAGCGCGCCGCGGCCGCGCGACCCCCGCGACUCGGACAAGUUCCACAGCAGGUUGGUGGAGAAGCUGAAGCGCGCGCUGGGCCGGUCGGAGGCGCGGCGCGAGGAGCGAAGCUCGUGAGCGGCCGCUGACGGGUGCUUGUGUGCAGGACGCGCGCCGCCAGCCCCGAGCGAUCGCGCUGCGCCGCCUGCGUGCCGUACCUGUGACCGCGGCGCGGGCCCCGCGGACCGGACCAGCUGAGUACCGUGAGUGCCGCCCGACCGGCCGGGACCUAACCAGUGUAUCCGUUCGAUGCUCACCUCACCGCAUGUAACUCAUCAGGUUGUCAGUAUUAGGUUGUUGAGUGGGUUCGAGACUGCGUUAGUUUAAGUUCGACCGCAGUGCGGACGGCCGGGUCCGUCUGCGCGCGGCUCGGAGUACGCGUCGCCGGAGUCGAGCCCGGCGCCCGAGCGGUCGCUAGGGUAGCCAGUGGCAGUUUGUGAAUCGUAUCUGUGAUUUGUUAUUUGUAAGUCGUGAUGUUAUUUAUUUUAAAUGGUCUUGUUGUAUUCGUUUCGAUCUAUGUGAACAACUGUUUCGAGAACAAACAAUGUGUUUGGCACCAUUGCACGUUGCAGUAUAACGAAUUCCACCCAGAUUAGAUAUCCGUUUAAAUAUUCAAAACAGUAUUUGCGAUUUAUUUAAAUUUUAUGAUGACAACUGUCGAUAUUAAGACCUAUAUCAAAAUGUAUAGUUAAAUAAUGGUACAGAGUAACUACGAUGUUAAAUUAGGUAUAUCAAAAUGCCGUUUAAAAAGGACCAGCUUUAUGAAUAGUAUUAUACAUAUAUUAUAGUUAUAUAUUUAGAUAAUAUCAGUAAAACUGAACCAAAUUUGACUAAGUCUGUUAUAAUGUGAAUUGAGGAAUGCUGGAGAAUUAUAGAGAGCUCGAAUGAUGUGUGAAGCCAUUGCCCGAUCUAAGUAUUUUACCGGGGAAAAUAUUUGCGGCCUUUUAAUAUCUAAUGAGUUACUAUUUCAACAGUGAACUUAUUUUGCCCCGCUGGGCAUUUGCCCGGCGGCGGCCCCCUUAGGUCGGGCCCUGUGCGACAUGUGGAUACGCCGAGUAUGUGUACUUUUAUAAUUUAUAUUUUAAAACAAAGUUCCUUAAAAUAAAACUAAAUAAUUUAUCAGACUGCCAUAUCAUAGUUUACUGUUAUGAUAUUGGUAUAAUGAAUAGAGUUCAAUCGAAAUGUAUUACUGUCUGCUUUGUUUAUGCAAUUUCAUAAACGUAUUACAUGUUCACAAUAUCAUGUUGCAUGCAACAUGUAGUGUUUGAUCUGAAAGUUUUAUAUUAUGUACCUAAUGGAUAAAUACAGAGCUUUUUGAAAGUA